AUGAAGCGUUUUGAUCUGGGAAAUAUGGGCCUCCAUAAGAGGAAAGAGACUGAUCCAAAGGAUUCGCAGAAUCAAGAAGAUGAAGACUUAGAUGCAUCUGAAUUCGAAGAGGAGGAUGUUUUACCCGUCAAAGUCAAGAACAGAAGACCCAAGGAGGAUAGUUUUACGCAGCAGCGUUUGAAGGCAUGGAACCCUGUUUUCACACCAAGAAUCGUUAUACCGGUCUAUCUAUUGAUUACGAUGGUUUUCGUCAUUGUUGGUGGAUGUUUACUUGCUGAGGCAAAUACGGUUAGUGACUUAACAAUUUGGUAUCAGGACUGCCCAACUAAGGCCCCCACUGGACAAAAUCAAUGGAAUGAUAUGCCUGAGGAAUAUUGGACCUAUCAUUUCAAAAAUUACAAUAACUAUAGCACUGCACCACAAUGGAGAUAUACGGAUGAUCCGGAUGAUGACUCUGAGGAGAAGGGUACCUGUCACAUACGGUUUACAACUCCAAGAUCACUUAAAAAUACUGUUUACGUGAAUUACAUGUUGGAUAAUUUUUCUGCGAAUCACAGACGUUACGUUUUAUCAUUUAGUGAAGAUCAAAUAAGAGGACGUGCAGCUUCGUAUGAUGACAUUCACGAAGGUGCCGGUAUUAAUUGUAAAACAUUGGCAAAAAACGAAGAAGGUAAACUGUACUACCCAUGUGGAUUAAUUGCAAAUUCUUUUUUUAACGACACUUUCCCAGAUGAAUUGAUUAACGUUCGAGAUCAAUCUAAGAACUAUCCAUUGUCAAACAAGGAUAUCAAUUGGAAAUCUGAUAGAAGAAGGUUUCAAAAGACCACUUACAAACCCUCAGAUAUUGCCCCACCCCCAUAUUGGGCUAAAAAGUUUCCUCAUGGUUACAAUGAAACUAAUAUUCCAGAUCUUCAAGAUUGGGAGGAAUUCCAAAAUUGGAUGAGACCUGCAGCAUUUGACAAAUUUGCAAAGUUAAUUCGGAAGAAUACUGAGAGUGACCUACCAGCAGGUGAAUAUCAAAUUGAUAUCGGUCUACAUUGGCCUGUAAGACAAUUUAAAGGCAAGAAGGGAAUUUUCGUUACGCAUGGUUCCAGUAUAGGAAGCCGUAACUACUUUUUGGGUACGGUGUACCUGAUCGGUGGUUGUAUAAGCGCAGCAUUUGCCCUAAUAUUAUUUGGUUUUUGGUUGAUAUCAGGCAGAAAAGAGGCUGAUCCAAGGUAUUUAUCUUGGAAUCAGGGUUCUAUGGCAAUGUAG